AUAUCUCAGAACUGGUGGCCAGAAUACGUGGAAAGAGAUUACAAGCAUCGAGAUAAGAUGUGUUGUUGAGAGACCCAUUGUCAGAAAGGAGGAAAAUUCCUUACGAUAAGAAUACUUCAGAGAUAAGCUAUCUGAAUGCAGUCUCUUUCUUUCAAUGUGGAGGACCAGAAGGAGCAGAAAUUACCCUCCAAGGCACACGCUUUAUAUUUUCUCUCUAGUAUUGUCAGUUUAGGUUGAGGUAUCUUUUUGGAGUGCAUCUGCGGUGUGCACUUUUGAUUUUUAACAAGCAGAGAACAUAUUUAGCCCAUUGCUUUCUUACUAGUUUGGGAGGAUGGGGUUGACAUCAGCUGAUCCUAGAGGCAACAUGAAACGCAGCACAAUGUCGUUGUGGAACAGAGCACAGCAGCUUCCCCCAGAUGACCUCCGUCGGGUCCAAGGUAUAUAUGGUGAACAGUUCCCCAUUGAGGUGCGACACUACCUGGCAGGAUGGAUAGAAGACAAGAUGCAGCAAUGGAAUGAAAUUGAUCCAGAUAAUCCAAGCCAUAGUCAGUAUGCCCAGGCCCUAGUGUCCCAGCUCAUACAAGAAAUUGAAAACAAAGCUCUAAGUUAUGCAAACAAUGAAGACCUGUUUCUUGUCCGUAUGCGUUUAGACGAAGCAGCAACCUCCUUCAGGACACGGUACCUGAACAGCAAUCCCCUUGGGCUGGUGGGCAUCAUACGCCAGUGCUUGAACACUGAACACAAUCUGGUUCAACAGAAUGAAAAUAUGUUAGGAGGAGGUGUUUCACAUGCAACAAACAUGGUCAUAGAACCAUGUGCAGAAAUUGAGCAGGAGUUAAGGAUACUUCAUGAACGUACACGGGAAACGGCAAAUGAACUGAGACACUUGGAACAAGAGCAAGAAUCAUUUGCCUUACAAUACCAUGACUGUGCAAAAAUUAAUGCUCACCUAUCCCACAUUCAAAGCCAGGAGAGAACGCAACAGAAUCGAGAGAUGGAACAGAGCCUUCGGAGACGGAAAGAGUUAGGGGAGCAACAGUUGGCACAGAAGGUGUCAGGGCUAUUGCAGCUGCGCAUGGCUCUGGCAGAUAAGCACAAAGGUACCAUUGAUCGUUUGAAUAGUCUUCAGCAGCGCAUCUUAGAUGAAGAGUUAAUCAAUUGGAAGAGAGACCAGCAGAUGCACGGGAAUGGCAAACCUUUUAAUCCAAACAAAUUAGACCAGAUACAAGAAUGGUGUGAAGCACUAGCAGAAAUUAUAUGGCUCAAUCGACACCAGAUAAAAGAAUGUGAACGACACCAGACUAAGAUACCCAUAGCUCCUCCUGGGGGGGUUGACAUGCUACCAACUCUAAAUUCACACAUUACUCGUCUUUUGUCAUCACUUGUUACCAGUACAUUUAUUAUUGAGAAACAGCCACCCCAAGUGAUGAAAACAAACACACGCUUCACAGCAACUGUCCGUUUACUUGUGGGAGGCAAAUUAAAUGUGAACAUGACCCCACCCCAAGUGCGAGUCUCUAUCAUUAGUGAAGCCCAGGCCAAUGCUCUGUUGAAAAAUGACCAAAUGAACAAGGGGGAACAGUCUGGUGAGAUCCUGAACAAUACUGGAACUAUGGAGUAUAAUCAGACUUCAAGGCAGCUUUCAGUUAGUUUCCGUAAUAUGCAGCUGAGGAAGAUCAAGCGAGCUGAGAAAAAGGGCACAGAGUCGGUGAUGGAUGAGAAAUUCUCCCUACUUUUCCAGUCACAGUUCAGCGUAGGAGGUGGAGAACUUGUUUUCCAAGUGUGGACUCUGUCUUUGCCAGUUGUGGUCAUUGUCCAUGGUAAUCAGGAGCCUCAUGCUUGGGCGACAGUGUCAUGGGAUAAUGCCUUUGCAGAACAAGGCCGCAUUCCAUUUACUGUUCCAGAAAAGGUACCAUGGCCACAAAUUGCAGACAUGCUAGACACCAAAUUCAAAGCUGCCACUGGAAGGGGACUAACAGAAGACAACCUGAAAUUCUUGGCAGGAAAAGCCUUUAGGAAUCCACAAGUCCAAGACUUUACAAACAUGAUGCUCUCAUGGUCCCAGUUCUGCAAGGAGCCCCUGUCUGAGCGAAACUUCACAUUUUGGGAGUGGUUCUUUGCAGUGAUGAAGGUCACAAGAGAACACCUACGCCAGCAGUGGAACGAUGGCUCCAUCAUGGGUUUCGUGGGUAGACGCCAGGCAGAAGAAAUGCUUAAGAAUUCCAAGUCGGGCACUUUCUUGCUCCGUUUCUCUGACUCUGAAUUAGGAGGGGUGACAAUUGCCUGGAUGUAUGAAGAUACAACUAAAGCCUGUCAACGUGAUGUUUUCAUGCUGCAGCCAUUCACCAGUAAAGCCUUCGCCAUCCGUCCUCUAGCUGAUGUGAUCGCUGACUUGAAUUACCUCCUUUACCUAUAUCCGAAUGUGCCUAAGGAUCAAGCCUUUGGAAAGUACUACACGCCCCUUGGAGAGCAACAGCCCACUACUAAUAAUGGUUAUGUA